UACAGAAGUUAGUUGAUCUCCCAGGCAACAACCCCUCCCUUCCCUUCUUCAUAAAAACCACAGAGCAAAUCACACCAAAAUCAAAUCUGGAAUAAGAAGAUGGGCACAGUUGCAGAAACAACAAAACUCCAAGAGAGAGAAGGAGCAGAAAUCAUUCGCGGAGGCGAGGCAUGCUAUCAAAACUCCAUGGAUUUACUGGAGGAGCUUGGCUUCCCUAAGGGAGUAAUGCCUCUCCAAGACCUGGAAGAGUGCGGCCGGGUUCGAGCAACUGGGUUUGUGUGGAUGAAGCAGAAGGCCCCUUAUGAGCAUUUCUUUAAGGGGACUAAUACUAAGGUAAGCUAUGCUCAGGAAGUGACAGCUUAUAUUGAGAAAGGGAAGAUGAAGAGAAUGACUGGUGUGAAGAGUAAGCAGAUGUUGAUUUGGGUGCCUAUUGUUGAGAUGAGUAGCCUUGAUGAUGGAAAGAGAAUCUAUUUUAAGACUACUGUGGGACUGGGAAGGUCAUUUCCAGCUUCUGCGUUUGAGGAGGAGGAAAAGAAAGAAGGAAAGUAGUGGGAAGAUUUCUAUAUGUUUUUCUUCUCAAUAAGAAGAGGUGGUGUUAGAAUUACAGGAUGACUAUAUCCUUUAUUUCAAGUAUCAGAUCAGUCAGUCUCUUUCAUUUUCUAAAUUUAAGGUCUAUUUAAGGAAAAAAAUUGGGUCAGCAUAUUCUGAUUCAGAUUUUAUUGGGGCGUGUUUCCUUGAUUAAUGAAUUUGAUUUGAGAUAAGUGUAAAUCAAUCAUAUAUUGCAUUUAUCACAAAACAAAAUUAAUGGCCAAACAAAUAAUUCUAAUCAAAUUUAAAUCAGAAUAUCCUGAACUAAAAUUUCUCCCAUUUUCACUGCUCUUGUUAAAUAUUUUGUGCACGCAUUAUAGGUUGUUCAUUUCUAGUAAUUACACGCGGCAUAUUUUAAGACUUAAAGUUUCAAGGUUUAAAUUUGCACUAUCUCUGCAUACAACUAUUACUUUAGUAAAUGAUAUAUGUUGUUUUUUUGUAUCUUCCAAUUUACUUGUGACAAUCAAAGUCAGAUAUGAAAUAUAUCUGAAGC